AUGUCAGUCGGGUUCGGCUUCUCCACUGGUGAUUUCAUCGCUGCCCUCCAACUCGUUUCAACAGUCAUCGAUGCCCUUCGCGAUAGCGGCGAUUCCUCCGCCGAGUAUCGAGCCUUGAUCUCACAGCUUUUGACCCUCGAGAACGCAUUGUUGAAAGUCAAGCGAAUUGAUGUGGACGAGGAACAACAUGCGGAGGUUAUUGCGCUGAGGCAGGCGGCGUGCCAGUGCCAAAAUACAAUCGACACGUUCUGGGAGAAGAUCAAGAAAUAUCAGCCAAGUCUGCGGGCUGGAGGCAGUAGCAGCAGAGUGAGGGAUGGGUGGUUCAAGAUCAAGUGGGCGCUGUGUAAGAAGGACGACGUGGCAAAAUUCAAAGCCGAUUUGAUGGGGCAUACUGAGAGCAUCGAAUUGUUGUUGGUGACAUUGCACAUGGGCUCAACGCGGAUCGCUGGCAAGAAGCAAGAAGAAAGUAAUCGAACGCUGGCCGGGAGAGUUCAGGAUUCUUACUUUGGCUAUAUGCAGAAGAUGUCGGUUAUCUUGGAGCAGAUGUCGUCGGGGGUUCAACAAGGGAAAUACCUAAUUGAGAUGACAUCAAAUGUCAUACAAACCAACGUCAAGAUUUUUCAGAUCGUCCUCAACCUCCAGAAUAUAAUCACGAGGAUCCCCAGGCAGAUCGACCGACAGCAACCUGUGUAUCUGAUUGACGCAGUGGGUCGUCAUACUCCUUUUCACCUCGAGUUCAUCACUGGCGCAGAAAGUCUGAGAUCUGUUCUGCAAUUCAACUUUAAGAAUAUCGGCUCAGGAGCCACCAAAAUAGACAACGGAGAGUUUGCCAUCCAAGACUCUGCCUCGAAAAUGGAUGUUGACCUUUCUUCGGCGUGGGAAUCAUGCUUCUGUCCUGGACAGCGCUAUGACAUGAGUAUAAUAUUUACAUCCAGAGAAGCCUCCAUUCAAUCGUGUCCCAAAUGUCAUGAGAACAAUGGCGAUAAAUAUGAAGAUGAGGACAUUGAAUGUCGGAAAUGUAGCAUGAUUUAUCGUAGAUCUCACUCUCAGCCGGCUCUACCUACCUUCCCAAUGGGAACCGUGCAGCCAUUGGCAGAUGGCGAAUAUGACCCAGAAGAAGUUUUAAAUCGUCUUGACCUGUCCCCUCGACGUCGAAAAAGACCAUACGAUGAGGAUGAAGAAGUGGCGCUGUUCCGCCGGGUUCGUAUCAAGACCUCUAUUGUGACGAUGACCGACAGUCGCCCUCCGGUAAACUAUCAGCUUGAGUGCCAAGGCGAUCAAGGCCACAGCUUCCCACCAGUCAACCCUGCUGAUCAAAACCCACCUUGCAAUACGUUGUAUGUUGGCAACCUUCCGAUCGACGCAGCCGCGGACGAGCUUACGGCUUUGUUUUCUAAGCAAAGAGGAUACAAGCGCCUUGCUUUUCGAACCAAGCAGAAUGGCCCGAUGUGUUUCGCCGAGUUCGAGGAUGUCUCUUUUGCGACAAAAGCGCUUCAUGAGCUUUACGGCCAUCCUCUGCACAACAGUAUCAAGAGUGGCAUACGACUUAGCUUCUCCAAAAAUCCACUUGGUAUUCACUCUGAGCAAAGCAUGGCAUCAUCAGGUCCCCCAAACAUACCGGGAGUAAUGUAG